AUGGCCCCGUAUAAAACUGAAGAGGAAUCAAACAGACCAACCUACGAAACCAAAUCCGACUUCGUGGAAAAAUACGUCCUUCGCCCUGUCGGCAAACCCCUGACGAAGGAGUACCGGGUCUACUUCAACCUCAAUGACAAGCUCCUCUCCCCUUGGCAUGACCUGGCGCUGUACCCAAGCAGCGGCCGCGAGCCGGUGGUGCAUAUGGUUGUCGAGGUGCCGAGGUGGUGGAGUACGAAGAUGGAGAUCGCAAAAGACGAGUACCUCAAUCCCCUCAAGCAGGAUAUCCAGGAUGGCCGGUUAAAGUACGUUCCCAACAUCUUUCCGCAUAAAGGGUACCCGUUCAACUAUGGGAUGUUACCUCAGACAUACCAAGAUCCCAGGGUCCAAGACCCCCUCACUAAUCUCCCAGCGGACGGGAACCCGCUCGCUGUCUGUGAACUGGGCGGCGCAAUGCCGCGUCCUGCACAGGUCAAACGGGUCAAAGUUCUCGGCUCGCUGGCCGUCAUCAAUGAGAACAAGACGGACUGGAAGAUCUUCGUCGUUGACUUGGAGAACCCCGAGGCGGACAAGCUGAGUGAUAUCGGGGACGUCGAGUCGCUGAUGCCGGGGUAUCUGGAUACAAUCAAGGAAUGGUUCCGGGUGUACAAGCUGGCCGAGGGGAAGAAGGAGAACGUUCUUGGUGCGGAUGGGGAACUGCAGAAUCAGAAGUAUACCCUCUCGCUCAUUGAGCGGUGCCAUAAUUCCUGGAGAGCUGUCAAAGAGUCUGAGACAGGCAUGCAAGCAAGGAUUUCCAUGGCGGACAUUGCGCCUCAGAAGCAUGGUGCGGUUGAUGUCCUUCCACGGACAUCAGAAGAUCGAGAUGUCUGCCGAGACAUCGACCCCAUAGCAGCUGAGAAGAGCCAUUUCCUGUCUCCGAAUUGGCCUUCCAUGGCUGCUUGCCGCGGUGGUGCUCUGAAUGUGUAA